AAAAAAACAGAUAGCAGCUCAUGAAAAUAAGGAAGUAAAUGCUGUCGGGUCGAAGCUUGAGCCUCUCUUCUGCUGUAAAGUGAAAGUAGAUCAGUGGAGAGCUCAGUGACGUUAAUGUAAUUUAAGGCACAACCUCUGUGCUAAGGAAGUUAGCUGUCCAGCUAAUUGCUUCACUGCCUCCACAUUAACGUUAUUCCAAAACAUAGACAGGAAAUUCCCUUAGACAGGAAAUCAGAAGGCGAGAGAGACAUAUACGAGACGUACAUCUCUUAUCUCCAAAGUUAUUAUUAGCCACCAUGUACCACAAAGGGGAUCCCCAGGAAGGAGCUAUGGGGCAGAAACACGAGGAGCUGCCGCAGAUGGACGGCUUGUGUGAUGCGUGCGAGCCUGACGAGGCCCAACUGGCCACACAAGUAUGCCACACCUGCAGCUUUGCCUUCUGUUCUGUCCAUGCUGACAAACAUGCCAGUAGCACACAUCACCCCAUAAUGCCUUACAACCCUGAGGGGACAGAAGAUAAUGGACUUGGCACCAACAGAUGCUCUAGAGUCGGAGAUGGAGCUGAGGAUGUCCCUGGUGCUGAGAGGGCAGCUGGAAUGGGUGUGAAUCAGGAGAUGGCGCCACUCGGAGUGGCUAAUGGCGAUGAGCGUGGUGAUGCCGGGGAAAGAGAAGGAGCCAAGAAUGGUCUACAGUUGGCGGCUGAGCUGGGUGACAGGGCUGAGGGUGCAGAAGCAGGGCAAGAAGUCGUGGCUGCCAGAGAGGCGGGGAAGAGGGACACUGUGACAGUAGAGAGACUGCGCUGCAAGGAGCAUGGACAGGAAGGAUCACUCUACUGUAAACCAGAUGAGAAGAUCAUCUGUGUGGUGUGUGCCGUGCAGGGUGAGCACCGUGAGCACGAGAUCAUCACCCUGCAUGAGGCCUACGUGUGGCAGAAGAGCAGGCGAGGUUACGACCUCCUGGGCUGUACGCAACAGAUGGGUGAGAAGAUCAAGACCAAGUGGACCAACCCCGAGAUGUCAACAGAGGAGUUGGAGGCGUACGUGAACAGUCAGUUCGACGAGCUCCGCAAACUGGUGCGACUGGAGGAGAAGAGGACGCUUCAUCUGGUCGACCUCAAAGAGGCGUUCCUGACAGCAUCCGCUGCUGAAAAAAUCGCCGAGAUCUCUGUGGAAACCGAGCGCCUGCAGGAAGAGAUGGCCAACAUCACACACCAGCUGUGCCUGCUGGAGCGGGCUGAGGGGUUGGGUCCUGUUGUGGCAGCACAGGCACUAGCAGCAGUACCAGCCCACAGGGUGCAGCAUGACAUUGAGGCCAGGCCAAGGCUGCCAGAGCCGAGGGCAGAGCCCAUGGACCAACGGGACUUUGACGACAAUAACUCUGGACCAUCCAUGGACCACGCCCCCUAAAACCAGCAGACCAGACCCUGCUACAUCCACCUGUCAGCU